AUGAGACAGCCUCCACCACCUUUGAUACGUCUGAGCACAGGCGCAGGUGCAGUGGUAGGUGGACCUGCUGCUGCUGCUGCUCGCGACGAUUCAAGAGACGAACGGCAACAGGCUCCGUGGGUGGCCCAAUAUACGCCUUCCGUGCAAACCUCAUCUAUCCCGCCUGUCACGCCCCACUGUUCUCCACAAAGCAAUAACACCACCCCGUCUCCUCAAAGUGAGCCUGCUGCUGCCGUUACUAUUGCUACUCUUGAUCCGUCGUCCCCCUAUACCCCCCGUCAGAUCAAGUCGACCGUUGUUACUGUUGCUGCCACUACUGGUGAUAAUACAAUUAUUACUGCUGCUACUACUGCCAGUGUUUUCCCCUCUCCUGGUGCCCCUUUGUUUGCAUCAGUGGUCAACAAUAUGAUGUUCAGGAUGGGAACGAAAUCUAGGUCUCCUCGGCGGGCGGCCUCGUCCUCGUCGUCGUCCGCGCUGUCCACAAUAUCGGCACCCACGUCCGCACCGUCGAUAAUAACCUCGAAACCAGGUUCACCCACUAGCUCCUACUCCGCUUCCAUGGUGGUCCCGGAUCCCCUGCAACGGCCAUUCUCACCCUGGGGUUCUUCCGAUUCCCAAUCAUCAACGUCCCCUCGCAAUUCUACAAGGAUGUCAAGGGGGACGUUUAUUAAUAAGAGGUCGGGCUCGCCCACGGCGAGCGUGGGCACAAGCAACACCUCAAUCAUGGCGAGCCGUUCAAAAAGUUUCCUGGGCCGAAAUCGCAAGCAGCAGCAGCAACAGCAGGCGGACACAGAGUUCGACCCAACCACAUUCAGGAAGAACCGCACAAGGCCGGCGAGGAAGGGGCAGGACGCGUUGUAUGGGGAGUAUGAGGAUCUGUUUGACGACUCUCUGGACGAGGAUCUGAAUGAGGACUCUCUGCCCUCCGAUGGCGGCGGCGACACGGACGAGGAUGGGUACCUAAUGUUGCGACGCAAGAAUGGCAAUGGUGGUGGUAGUGGUGGUGGUGGUGAAGGUUGUGGUGGUGAGGAGAGUCCUGUCAGCCCAAGAUCGAGAGUGACGCCGAGGAGUGUGCCAAUGCAGGAUGAUAUGCGAUAUAAUGGAUCACUGUCUCCCCCUCCACCUGCGCCGCCGCCAAAGAACUGGACGCAGAAGAGGUCGUUGGUCGUUGUUACUACUCCUCCUCGAAGUGCUCCUGCGUCUGUAGACGAACCUCUCACCAUAUCUGUCACAUCCCUUCCCUCUGCCCCUCCAACACCCCCGCCAAAGCCCAUACUCUUUGCCCUCGACACCAAGAACCUUACCAUCACCACAAUCCACAAUGGUAAUAGUAACAACAGCAACCACAACCACAACUACAACACCCUCACUCCAUCAUCACUAUCAUCUGCCAGAGAGCCAGAAGAAACAAAUGGCACAUCCCCUGCAUCAUCAAACCCACCUCCACACCGUCCUCCACCCGAUGCCCCAACCAGUGCUGCUGCUGUCGGGAAGAACCGUAGUAAGCGAUUAAGCAGACAGUUCCUCGAGCAGGCAGAGAAAAAUGAUGGCCUGGGGAUCAUCAGAAUACCUUCCCCAACACUAUUCCACUCGUUGUUUACACCCAGCGCUUCCUCGUCCAGCUGGUCGGAGUUGCCCGGUCACGCGACAAGGAGCCCGGCGCUUACACACAGUCCAUCCUCUUAUACACCACGGCAACCCCCCCCACUUACAACCGCCUAUGAGACGCUCCCGUCCGACGACGACUUCAUCCCAACCGGAAUCCUGUUUGACGAAGCCCCCGACGGCCUCGGUGUCUUACCGCUCUUCUCAAGCAGAAGCGAGAACUUCUCACCACGGCACCACAAUAAUAAUCAUCACUACAAUAACAAUUCCGACUCGUACUUUCCCCCACAGACUCCGCAAAUGACGCAAGUCAUCCUAAACGAGCUCCCGCCGGAGAGCCCGGGUGACGUUUCAGCCUCAACAAGCAAAUCCAUCGAGACGCUGAUGGAUACCUACAUGGAGACCACCGACACUUAUAAGGAAGUGCAGAUCCGCGUUGCCGAGGAUGACAAGGACGCAAAGGAGGCUAUCCUGCAGUCGUUGGCUCCGGAGGUUGUGACGGCGUCGAUGAUGCCAACCCCUGCCGAGGAGAAGAUCCUUCUACUGGAUGAACAGCAGGACGAUGCCACGAAGGACUCUUCGUAUCUUCGCGCGUUCAGGACGUUCGUGAAGAGCGCGGGCGAGAAUGACUCGUUUGUGCAUAGGAUGCCUCGCUUCGAUGCACUGCAGGCGCAGCGCAUCUGCUCCCAUCUGAGACAAGACUACCCGCUGAUUGCAGGCGGAUCGAAGCGAAGGUCUGCGGGCGGAAAGGCGGCGGGCGGGAAUGUGUUUGCCAAGCACAGGGAGGUCGGAGAGGAGAUACUGACGAGCUUGUGGGCGCUGAUGGCCCUGAGAUGGAUGAAUUUCGGAAGGGUCAUCAUCAGCCCGGGACACGAGACUUUGUUGGCGGCGUCGGCAAAGAGGCUAACGAGGCGGGCGACGGUCAAGAUGGAUCAGAGAGCGACGCAGAUGCUGGAGAAUGUCGUGGUCGAGGGGUCGGUUCCGGACCAUGAGAGGAGGCGGGUGCUGGAUUUGGGCGGGUUGCCUAUCGCGGACUGGGGCUGGCAUUGCGCCUACGAUUAUCCAAAGGCAAAGGUCUACACUGUCACCACUCGCACUCACGGCAAAUCCUCGGCAGAGGACCCCGAGUCCCAGGAUACCCCACUUUCGGCGGAUAAAUACCGGGGCCCGAAGAACCACCGUCAUCUGGUGGUUUCGAACCUCUGGAAGCUCCCGUUCCCGUCCAACCACUUUGACGUGGUUUCGGCACGUACGCUGUACUUGAACCUGAAGACCACCGUCCCCUCUCGCUUGCAAAACGACCAGAACAUGGAUGAGUAUGACCUGUGCCUAGAAGAGUGUCUACGUGUGCUGAAGCCUGGUGGGCACCUGGAGUUUACCUUGUUUGAUAACGACAUUAUCAACCCAGGCCCACUGGGGAGCGAACUUUCAGAGAAGUUUGGAAAGAGCCUUCAGGCGAAGGGUUAUGAUCCUGAGCCGACAAAGAAGUGGAUCUCAAGACUAAACCGAGCGGGGUAUGGGGAGAUCAAACGUAGUUGGAUGUUCUUGCCAAUGGCCCCGCCGUGCUCGAAGCCAAAGGUUCCGUCGAAGGACGGGAACCUCCCCGCUCACGAGUCACAGGAUCUGGAUCUGGCUAAGGAGGAGGUGCGGAAGAAGAUUGAAGCGUGGGAAGAGGGCAGCACCAAAAAGGGCAGUCUGGAAAAUGCUUCCCCCAUCACAGGAUUGGUGGGCAGCUGGAUCUGGGAAAAAUGGAUGCUGAAGACUAGUAAUGAGUCUGGAGAGGGCGAGUGGUCCUUGGCGUCAGAUACAGUGGGGAGCGUCCUCAAUGAGGCCAAGGAAAGAGGCUCGGGAUGGAGGACAUUGGUUGGUUGGGCUAGAAAGCCACUUCGCGUUGGGCAGCAUUAG